CUGAAAUCAAGCCACAAGCAUUGAUUCUUUUUAAAUGGAGGAGGCCAUGGCCAGUCCAGUGCGGGUCCACCCAGACAGUGCCCUGCUGCAACCACCCCGCUCCAGCUCUGCUUUCUCCGAGGACUCCCUGGCUCUUCUGAAAAGAGAAGAGGGGGUACUGGAGGCUAUGGAGCUAGCAGACAGUAAACCACGACCGGAUGCUUCUGAGCGGGGACUCCCGGGACUCUACCUGUCUUGCUUUGACAUGCUGUUCACGGAGGAUGCAGCCUGGCUGGUGAGGGUUGCAGAUUCCUCCACUUCGGUUGCUGCUGGACCUCGCCCAGAGUCUUGUCUGGAGCCAGAGCAGUGCCCCGUUAUUGAUAGCCCUGGGUUAGGGGCUGCGCCACUGUCGCCCAGUCUGGAUGACCAGGUUGAGGAGAGGUCUUUGGAGCAAGUGCAGAGCUUGGUGGUGGGAGAAGUACUGAAGGACAUUGAGACAGCCUGCAAACUACUGAACAUCACACCAGACCCAGUGGAGUGGAGCUGCGGGAACGUUCAGAAGUGGCUCCUGUGGACCGAGCAUCUGUACCGACUCCCCCAGGUGGGCAAAGCAUUCCAGGACCUUGAUGGGAAAGACCUGUGCACCUUGACCGAGGAUGACUUUCGGCACCGCUCACCACAGUGCGGCGACACUCUCUUUGCACACCUAGACAUAUGGAAAUCAGCUGCCUGGAUGAAGGAGAGAUGUUCAGUAGAAGAGAGCAGGGUUACGGAGGGACAAGAGCUGUGGUCAGAAGCAGACUCCUCCUGCUCUGGUCAGCCCAUCCACCUCUGGCAGUUCCUCCGUGAGCUCCUCCUCAAGCCACACAGCUACGGCCGUUGCAUCCGCUGGCUCAACAAAGAGAAAGGCAUCUUCAAAAUAGAAGACUCUGCUCAUGUAGCAAGACUCUGGGGUCUAAGGAAGAACCGGCCAGCAAUGAAUUACGACAAGUUGAGUCGCUCCAUCCGGCAGUACUACAAGAAGGGCAUCAUCCGCAAGCCAGAUGUGUCUCAGAGACUGGUGUAUCAGUUUGUCCACCCAGUAUGA